CCUGGCGGACAGAGGGGGACAGGAGAUGGUCAGGGCAGCAGGGCACAGCCACACAGAAUCUAGACUUGGAGGACUGGGUCUACACAGAGCUAAGGUCUUGAGGCAAGGAGUGAAGAUGCCCGGGACUUCUCGGCUGGCUCCCCUCUAAGCCAUCUCAAGCAGUUCUCAACCCCCCUCCCCGCAGGCCUUCCAUCAACAGUCAGCCCUGCUUCAGCUUCUUGGGCUGAAUCACUUCUUCAUGUUCCAGCCAGGCCCUGUCUCCCUCCAUUUCCUCUCCGGCCUUCGUGUGACACUCCUUUCCUCUACCGGUGGCUCCUGCUUCUCACAGGUUUGCAGUGAAGGGGUUGUCCCGAGGUGCAGAAAUCCACUCCGCUUUGCCAGGUGGAGGCGACAGCACCGCCCCCUCCCAGCUGCCCACCUCCCUGUGGUCUGGCUCCUGUGGGACAUGAGAGAAGGGAGCCCUACCCUGGACCCAGCCUCUGUCAGCCCGCCCUAGAAGGAGAGAGAAACAAGCAUGAAGCUGUUUGCCUCUUAAAAAUACACACCAGGGCUGCUGGAGGGCAGGGCCUGUGCCUUUUUCUUUUAUGAUCUUGCCAGCACAGUGUGGGGGAUUAAAGAGUGCUAUAUAUCAAUAAUCAAAAGAAUAAUAAACAAGCAAUCCAAUGGGCCAAGGCUGUGGGGUGGGGAGGCAGCUCUACAGGAGACUUGAUCCACCAAGCCCACACCUGAUAAGGUCUGCAGUGGGAAUUAAAUCACUUCUUCCGUCAGUACAGCUGGAGUGGCGUGAAGCGGAAGCCCACCCCAGUUGGCCAGGGAGUGAGCCGGGCCGGGGGGUUGCAAGGCAGAGCACACUGCUAAGCCCUGUUCUUUGGUACACCACUCGAGUUUGCACUCAUGGAAUUAUCCCGGGGGAGAGUUCAGUGGUCAGUGACCUGGGGGAUAAGAAGGGAGUGGCUGGGGUUAAGAUGCCAGGCCUUGGCCAAGUGGUAUGAAGUAAAGGGUGUACAGAACCAGGAAGUGUUACUCAGCCCUGAUCCCCCUGCUUCUCGGAAUAGUGCCAGCCUUGCUGUUUCCAGCCACAGCAGCUUCCAGGAGAGUUGUCCUCCCAGCCAGACCCACCCACCUAAGGCUGGCCCAGAGUACUGCUGACACUUCAGGGCAGCCCUAUGUGGCCUUUCCGCAGAGGAGGGACCACGAAUAAGGCCCAAGAGGCCUGAGGGGAAGGCCUGGAGCAUGGCGGGAGAGGAGACAGCAGGACCCUGGCCCUCAACUGCUCUCUCUGGCCCUGAGGCUACCGGAGGAAAUCGAGGAAGAUGAGGAACUGCCAGACUGGGUGUUAGGCCCAGGAGAGGGCAGUUCUCCCUCCCCAAGGUAAUGCUGCACUGCUGAGAAAACUUAAGAGUCACCCUGGCAUGCCCUGAGCCCAGCCCUGGGAGGAGCCAGCCCUUUAUAGACAUGGGGCUGCUUCCCGUUAACACACCCUCUGCCCCCCCCCCCACCCCCAUACCUGCAGGCUUGGCUAAUGAGGGCCUGUCACCAGGCCGCAGGACUGAGUCACCCACACCAGUGACAGGUUUCUCUUCCUUCCCCAACAACUGUUCCACAUGCCUGCCUUUCAAUUAACUCCCACCCUCCCUGAGCUCCUCCCUCCCAGACACACGAAGGGGCAGCUGGGGAGCAGGCCCACCAGCUAGGGCCCAGGGCAGUGGGGCUGUGGGGCAAAAGGAGGCAACGUGGUGACACACAAAGUAGGGCUGCCCCCCAAAAGUCCCCAGGGGAAUCCUAAGCUUCCCUGUGCCUUGGGGUGUUGGCCGCGGCUGGCCCAAUCCCUGCAUGCGGAUGCCGCAAUUACCUAAGAGCAUGAAACCCAGCUUCCCACCUGACUGAGUCACCUGAAAACAAUAACACGUUCCCCACUGCCACACACCGGCACAAACAGCCAAGCUACUAAUCAGAGCCCGGGAGCCGCCGUGGAGAGGCCUGGCCCUGUGCUGCCCUAGAGCCAGGCACAGGGGCCAGGGAGGGAAGGUGAACUCAGGACCACCAGAAGCCAGGCGCUGGGGAAGCAGCACAGGCCACUCUCGCACCACAGAGAUCCAUCUCUGACACCACAGGCACUGCCCUCACUCCGGCUCCAGAACUCCCGGUUCUCUACUCUCCUGGACAAAAGUGCCCUCUUCCCAGGACCCCUUCCCACCAUCCAAGAUGCUUCUAGACCACUAGGGCUGUCUCCCUGAUUCUUGCCAUUCACUGCUCCAGUGGGGACCUAAUGCUCCCUGGCAACUCUUGAACUGGGCUGCUGAGGUACGGAGUUUGUCUGCUGGCUCCCCUGGGUGCCAUGGAGACCUGGCGGAAAGGCUCCUUCCGCAACGCCUCCUUCUUCAAGCGGCUGAGCCUGGGGCGGCCGAGACGACUCCAGCGACAGGGCAGCGUGCUCAGCCAGGCCAGCACGGCUGGCGGGGAUCACGAGGAGUACAGCAACCGAGAGGUCAUCCGGGAGCUUCGAGGGAGGCCAGAUGGACGGCGCCUGCCUCUGUGGGGGGACGAGCAGCCCCGGGCCACCCUGCUGGCCCCACCCAAGCCUCCUCGCCUGUACCGAGAGAGCUCCAGCUGCCCCAACAUCCUGGAGCCCCCACCUGCCUACACUGCUGCCUACACGGCUACCCUGCCCUCGGCGCUCUCCCUGGCGGGCACCCUCCACCACUACUCUGAAGAGGACCUUUUGGACACUCCCCCCUUCCAGAAGACACCUGCCCCAGACCUGAGUGAUCCCUUCUUCUCCUUCAAAGUGGACCUGGGGAUUUCACUUCUUGAGGAAGUUCUACAGAUGCUGAGGGAGCAAUUUCCCAAUGAACUUAGCUUCUGAAUGGAGUGCAUGGAAGGCAGAGGUGGGGUAACUGGAAGAGCUGGAAGCCUGGAGGCCCAGGGAAGGAGGAUACAGUUGCAGAUUAAGAAAAAGGUAGGGACAGAAAUCCAGGAUCCUGCCUUCCUUCUGGGUCCUGAACAGUCUUCCAGGUUAUCCUGGAGCAGAGGGACAGAGGGACAGAGGCAAGCCGUAGGAAAUGUCUUGAGGGGGUACUUGCUGGCGGGAGCCCUGAAGGCAGCUGGCUAAGCUGGGGAAGGGAGGCCAUGCCUAUAACCACGGGGACAAGGCAGAGGCCAGCAGAGGGGGAGGGGAGCACCAGGGGUGAGUCAGGGAGUGGAGGACUCACACUGAGCAGAUCAGAUGGGUGCCCUGCAGCAGCUCCUCUGAAGCCACUGUUUAUAGAGAGACGUUACAGGGCAGGUCUAGGCAAAAGUGGUCUGACCCAGGCCAAAGAGGAAAGUGGGGAGACCUGACGGAAGAGCCACUAAGGACAUGUGGUUGUUCAGAUUGAAAUGAAGUAAAAUUAAAAAUUUAGUUCCCUGGUUACACUGGCCACAUUUCAAAUAUCCAGCAGCCACACGUGAUUAACGGCUACCACAUCGGACAGCGCCAGUUGCACGUAAACAUCACUGGAGAAAGUCCUGUUGGACAGCACUGGCAGAGACCAGGGCCCGGAGCCACCAGU